UAGUGACUAUAAAGAGUCCCAUAGUACCUAACAACAUAUCUUCUCCACAAGACCAAAGGAAGAACCUUGAAUUCAUAAUUUAUUUCUCCACAACAACAAAAAUGAAUUCAUCAACACUUUUCCUUAUGUUAUUCACCCUUUCCUUGAUCCUCAUUUCUCAUGCUCCUAUGUCAACCUUAGGCAUAACCUUGUAUGAAUCUCUAUGCGAUCAGGCUGGGCAGGACAAGGCAAGGUGCCUUGAAGUUCUCCAAGCCGAACCUCAAAUUGUUGGGGCUAAAGAUAAUGUUGAGCUUUGCAAGUUGAUCCUUGAAUUUGGAUUAAAAAAGGGGUUAGAGGCCCAAAGAUUCCUCAAAGAUGCAAUGAUGACAACCCCUUCACCAGCCAUUGUGCAAUGUGCAACUAGCCUUUAUGAUGGUACGAUUGGAUCAUUCAAAAGUUCAUUGAGUGAAUUGGCUGAGGAUGGCCAAACGGCAAAUUAUGAUGCUAAAGUGGCUGGUGAUGGACCUACAACUUGUGACAUAGCCUUAAGUAAUGCAAAGAUCGUCAAUCCUACUAUUUCAGCUCUGAACAAGGACAUCCUGUUGAUUAGCAAACUUGCAUUUCUAGCCACCGACAAGCUUCCCUAGAAUCCAUUAAGUGAUUGUUAUGUUAUAUAUAUAUAUAGAGAGGAUAAGGGAGUUCUCGGUCUCCAAUAUUAAUGUCCAAUGUGGAGGGAGGCAAAUUAAUCAAAGCUUAUAUAUUAUGAAUGAAGUCGUAUGUAUCGUCAUUCCACUAUUUAGUUCAAUUGAAUGUUUUGUUAUUUAGUUA